UUCAUAAAUUGAUUGAGUCCAUUGAUAGAUUAUCUACACGGAAUGAAACAAUGUUAAGUCCGGCCAAGUUAAGAAAUGCGUGUCCAUAUGAAAAUUGUUCUUCAGCGUUUGAUAGACCACACAAACUAACCUUACAUCUUCUCACUCAUGCUAAUGUUAAACCAUUUGAUUGUCCUGAAGAAAAUUGUUCCAAGUCAUACACAAGUAGAUCUCAUUUAGAUAGACACAUUAAUACAGCACAUCGCAAUGUUGGGGAUAAUAUGAUUUAUAGCUGCCCAACCUGCCAGAAAACAUUUUCAAAUCGUCAGAAUUUGAAAAAACAUAUUAAAGUUAUACAUGAUCCAGAUAGAUCCACUUUUUCUUGUGCCCAUUGCAAUGAAAAGUUUAACAAGAAACAUCAGCUGAAUUCACACAUGUUCAAACAUACAGGAGUGAAGUCAUUUAGCUGUGACCUAUGUGAAAAAUAUUUCGUAACUCCCCUAGAAAAAAGAAAACACAUGAGAUGUCAUAAAACUUACAGUUGUCAAGAUUGCUUCCUGGUGUUCGACCAUUGGUCCACGUACCAGAAACACAAAAAGAGUGAACAUGCAGCCAAAGAGUACAUAUGUGAUAUUUGCAAUAGAAAGUUCAAGAAGCGAGGCCACAUACUACAUCAUAUGAAGGUCCACUACAGGACACCAACAAUACUUACUGUAUUUACGUGUCCCAUUGAGGGGUGCUCUAGGGAAUACACUCGAAAAAGCAACAUGACCCAACACAUUAAAAUUUUUCAUGAUAAAAUCAAGCAUGAUUGUCACAUUUGCGGUGCUCAACUUUCUACAAAGUCUAAACUGAACAGUCACAUAAAGCUUCACGAAGGAUCCAAAUGUAGCUUACCUCCUAAAAGAAAAACAAAAGCAACGGGAAGAAAAGAGAGAAAAGACAAAGGCACACUGAAGAAAAUAGUGACUGCACUAAGAGUAGCUGGAAUGACACAAGAGCAUUUUGAAGAUAGUGGAAUUUUAGAGACCUCUCUCGUUGAGGGUAGUUCCUUGGAAACGGCAUUACAAUCACAGACAUCCACAUCAAAUAUAGAAGUGCAGGCCACUUGAUUUGCAUGCCGCCAGCGAUUACGACCGGCGGCACGCGCGACUUGAAAAAUGUAAUAGAAUCUGUUCUGAAGCUGUUGUGAUGAGAGUGGUGCGGGCAACGUAUUUUUUGUAUGAAUCCCGCGCUCAACUCUCGCUGGAGUCGUGCAUGGCCAUAUACUAGGUAAAAAGAUGGAUAAAAAUAGUUUAGCCCUUCAGCAAUCUGUAGUACGGUAGUUUCAGUUUUAUUGUGCUAUUUACAUACAGUACAAGUGCUUAGUGCUUAAAUUGAACUUAUACUUUCUGCUAGAUAGAACCGAAACUUUGUGUAAAACGCUAAUUAAAUCAUUUAGUUAGCAUAAUGGUAUCAUGUACAAGUACAAACUUUCGAAAACUUAUUGCAUAGUUAAAAAAAGUAUUCCGAAAUUUCAACUUGGGAUUUGCUUGGGAUAAAGAAAAUAAAAUGUCAUUUAUAUGCGAUACAAAUAUUUUUAUUUUCCUUCUAUUAUUACAUUGAUAAAUACUUCUUUCUUGUCUUUAUAUUUUUCACAAAAGCGCAUUGAUGUCAUAAUCGUUUUACCUGCUGGUUGUUUUAGCAAUAGAAAACCAAUUCAUGUACAAAAUUUUACUGUACCUAAAUACCUACUUUUAUUUAUAUAACUUAAUUUUCAGCAUUUAUUUUGAAACAUCAAGGCACAAUUGUUUUUUUUUAUAAUUUAUACCAUUAGUAUGGGUACCGAAAACUUUACUGUGAGAUCAAAAUUGUCAGACAACUCGACAUUCUGAACACAUUUAGAUCCACGACUUUAGUUGGACCAAAGUUAAAUAAAGUGGAGUGAAUCUUUUUUGCAAAAUUUAUAUAAUUUUGAGUACUAAACAACACUACGUUAACGCCACAGAAAGAUAAACACAUUAAUAAAACUGAAUUGUAUAAGAUUUAUGUUAUGUUCAUUAUAAAGAAAAUAAAGCUAUAAAUACGGUAACCUGGUUCUAAUUUCUAAAUCAAAAAGCUAAAUUAUUAAUUUUACCAGGAUCCGUAAUAGUACUUUGUAAAUUAAUAUUUAAUCACUGUAGAGAACCCGCAACCAGGUAUAAUAAUAGAAAUAAGAGAAAAUAUGAUUAAUUACAACACUUUCAACAUAACCUACUACAUAAUGACAUUUUCAUAAAAUAGAACACUGUACAAAAACAAAAAUUAUUUCUUGUAAUUAAAUUCUAAACAUCACAUUUCAAGAGUUAAAAAGUACAAACAAAAAUCUGCGACAUUUUUUAUUCAAUCAGUCCUUUUUUGUUUUGAAAAAUCUGAAUCAGUGCAAAAACAACCUAAUAACAAUUAGCAGUGAUGC